CCAUGAAUCCACUCAGUCCAGCCUCCUCUUCUCCUCAGACCCUCGUCUCCAGCACUCUUCACCCCUAUCCUCUCCAAUCCUCCUCAAUCCCUAUCCCUCUCACAAAGGCUGGCUUGAACCGCCUUUUAUUCCACAAUGUCAGACGACGAGAAGAGACGAAACUCCGCCUCAAAGGGCAGUGCCGUCGCAGGCGAUGCCUCAAGCAUUCAAUAUGUCGACGACCAAGGCAUGGGCCAUCUCCACCGACGCCUGAACAACCGUCAGAUCCAGCUCAUCGCCGCUGGUGGUUCCAUCGGAACAGCUCUCUUCAUCUCCAUCGGUGGCGGUCUCGCCAAAGGUGGUCCCGGCAGUCUUCUCAUCGCCUUCACCCUCUACUCUCUCGUUCUCGCCCUUGUCAACAACUCGAUCGCUGAGAUGAACACAUACAUGCCCGUUGCUGGUGGAUUCGUGCGUCUUGCCGGCUACUGGGUCGACGAUGCGCUAGGCUUCGUCGCUGGCUGGAACUUCUUCCUCUACGAGGCUCUUAUCAUUCCCUUCGAGAUCACUGCCCUGACCUCUGUCAUCUCCUUCUGGAAUGCUGAUGCGCUUAACGCUGGCCCAACCGCUGGUAUCUGCGCUGCAGUCAUUGUCUGCUACGGUCUUCUCAAUGUCCUCGCCGUUCGAUUCUAUGGUGAAUCCGAGUUCUGGCUCUCAGGUGGAAAGCUCGUUUUGAUCUUCCUCCUCUUCGCCUUCACUUUCGUCACCAUGGUCGGCGGAAACCCCCAUCACGAUGCCUACGGCUUCCGACAUUUCUCCAACCCUGGAUCAUUCACUACAUACCUCAGCUCAGGCGACAAGGGCAAAUUUGAAGGUUUCCUCGCUGCUCUCUUCACAGCUGCCUUUACCGUUGUCGGCCCCGAGUAUAUCUCAAUGGUCUCAGCUGAGGCUCAACGCCCUACCUUUACCAUCAAGAGUGCCUUCAAGACAGUGUACUAUCGGUUCUGCAUCUUCUUCAUCAUUGGUGCUCUCGCUGUUGGCAUCGUCUGUGCCUACAACGACCCCAAGCUCGUCGACAUCUACUUCGGUGCAGGCGGAACUGGCAAUGCUGCUUCUUCCCCAUAUGUCAUCGCCAUGACUAACCUUGGCAUCGAUGGUCUCCCUCAUCUCGUCAACUUCCUGAUCCUCACCUCCAUCUUCUCCGCCGGUAACACAUACACCUACUGCGCUACCCGAGCUCUCUACUCUUUGGCCAUUGAGGGACGCGCCCCUCGAUUCCUCCGAUACUGCAACAAGUCCGGUAUUCCCGUCUACUGCUUCUGUGUCACCAUGCUCUUCCCCUUCCUCUCCUUCCUCCAGGUUGCCAACGGUUCCGCCAAGGUUCUCGGCUGGUUGAUCAGCAUCGUCACUGGUGGCGGUCUCAUCACUUUCAUGAUUAUGUCCAUCACAUUCAUCAACUACCACCGCGCCUGUGUCGCCCAGGGCGUCGACCGCAAGACUGAGCGACCGUACUACGGCUACUUCCAGCCUUAUGGUGCCUAUAUCGCCCUCGUUGUCCAAUUCGUCAUUGUUCUCGUCUACGGAUACUACGCUUUCCGACCCAAGUUCGACGUUGAGGUGUUCUUCCAGAACUACUCCAUGCAGAUCCUCGCUGUCCUCCUCUUCGUUGGCUGGAAGGUCUUUAAGAGGACCAAGUACAUCCGACCUCACGAGGUUGACUUGGUUUGGGAGCGACCUAUGAUUGAGGCGUACGAGGCUACCUUCACUGAGCCUCCUGUUGGCUUCUGGCACGAGAUGGGCGAGUUGGUGAUGCCUUGCUUCUUCAAGAGAAACAAGAGGACUUCAGAAGUUUGAAGCGGGUGCUUCCAUUCUUGUAUUUGUUUAGCUUGGACAUGACUGGAUGAUAUCACUUGCGAAUAUAGUUGAAUUAACAUUGUUAACAACA